GGCCUUUCUUUGCGUGCGGGUAGCGCUGUUGCAAGCAUGGUGAACGUUCCUAAAACCCACCGGACUUUCUGUAAGAAAUAUGGCCAGCAUCAGCCUCACAAAGUUACACAGUACAAGAACGGCAAGGAUUCUCUGUAUGCCCAGGGGAAAAGGCAUUAUGACAGGAAGCAGAGUGGCUAUGGUGGCCAAAAUAAGCCAAUUUUUAGGAAGAAGGCUAAAACUACAAAGAAGAUUGUGCGGAGGCUUGAAUGUGUUGAGCCCAACUGCAGAUCUAAGAGAAUGUUGGCUAUUAAGAGAUGCAAGCAUUUUGAACUUGGAGGAGAUAAGAAAAGAAAGGGUCAAGUAAUCCAGUUCUAACUUCAUCUUGGAUUUACUUGGAUUUCAUCUUGAUGCUUU